GAUGGGAGGUUAGCAGUAGCAACAGGGAGGGGGAAACACAGCUCAAGGAAGUAUUUCUGACAUUGUGAGUGUGCGAGUGUGAGGUUUCUUUUAAACGCGGCGACAAUGAUCCGGACACUCGGCGGGGCGACUUUGAAGGCUGCACAGCCGAUAAAGGACAUUAUUACCACGAGACGGCUGCACAGCACCUAUGAUAUGGCCGUGGUGGGGGCCGGCAUCGUCGGCCUCGCAACAGUCAGAGAGCUAAUUCUGCGACACCCGUCCCUCAGCUUCGUCCUGCUGGAGAAAGAAAAAGAGCUCGCUGUGCACCAGAGUGGGCACAACAGUGGAGUCAUUCACAGCGGGAUCUACUACACGCCGGGGUCGCUGAAGGCCCGUCUGUGUGUGCGAGGAGCCACUUUAGCCUACGAGUACUGCGACAAGAAAGGACUCCCUUACAAGAAAUGUGGAAAGCUUAUCGUGGCUUUGGAGCAGGAGGAGAUACCAAGACUGCAAGCUCUAUAUGAGCGCGGCAUGAAGAACAACGUGCGUGACCUCGCUAUUGUCGACGCCAAGGGAAUCCGAGAGCGGGAGCCGUUCUGCAGGGGCAUAAUGGCCUUGGACUCGCCCUACACUGGCAUUGUGGACUGGAGGAUGGUGGCUCUCCGGUACGGGCAAGACUUUGAGGAGGCAGGCGGCACGGUGGUUACUGAAUCUGAGGUCAAUGACAUUUCCAUGGUCACGGAGAGCCCAGCUGGGAGUACUGAAGGAAUGAAAUAUCCAAUUGCAAUCCGAGACAAAAAGGGUAACGAGGUGCGGUGCCGUUACGUCCUGACCUGUGGCGGCCUGUACUCUGACCGUCUGUCUCAGAUAUCAGGAUGCAGUCGGGAGCCUCGGAUCGUCCCCUUCAGAGGAGAUUAUUUGGUGUUGAAGCCAGAGAAACACUAUCUGGUCAAGGGGAAUAUCUAUCCUGUCCCCGACCCUCGUUUCCCCUUCCUUGGAGUUCACUUCACCCCGAGGAUGGAUGGAAGUGUUUGGCUCGGCCCCAACGCAGUCCUCGCCUUCAAAAGGGAGGGCUACAAGGUGUACGACUUCAAUGUUCGAGACUUUGCAGAUUCACUCUUAUUCAGGGGCCUUCAGAGGCUGGUAAUGAAGAACUUAAGUUACGGGAUUGGAGAAAUGUAUAGAGGGAUUUUCAUUGGUGCGCAGGUUAAAAUCCUGCAGAAGUACAUCCCUGAACUCUCGCUGAGCGACGUGCUCAGGGGUCCUGCAGGAGUUCGAGCUCAGGCUCUCGACCGAGACGGAAACCUUGUGGACGACUUUGUGUUUGACGGCGGCGUCGGGGACGUGGGCAGCCGGGUGCUCCAUGUGCGUAACGCUCCCUCGCCGGCGGCCACCUCCUCCCUCGCCAUCGCCGAAAUGGUUGCAGACGAGGUGGAGAGUCGCUUCGCGCUGUAGAGCAACACGGCGAUCGCAGAAGGAAAAAUGAGAAACUGUCCUGUAUCAAGCUGCCACUGCCUCAGCUUCACUGUCAUCAUGGAGACAUUUUAUUUCAGGUCAAGCCUUAAGAAGUAACAUAACUUUGGCUUGAUUACAUUUUUAAGUUAUAUUUUACUUAGUGCUGUUUUUAAGUUGCAUUCUUAUUUUCAUGCCACCACAUUUUAAGUAAUAAAAUCAUUUUUUCUGCAUACGUUACUGUUUAAAGAAAUGCAUAGUAAAAUAUUUUUUAUGCAAAAAAUAAUCAGUUACAAUUAUAUUUUCAACAUACUGUUUGUAAUGUGAACAUAACCCUUUUUACAGAUUGUAAAUUUUAAAUGUGUUCCCAAAAAUUUAAUAUUUUAUCAACAACUAAAAAGAUGAGGAUCUUUGAUAGUUCAGUCUCAGAAAGUUGAAUCUCUGAGCACGUAAUUUAUGAAGGAAUCUGUUAUUUUUUUGGACUUCGGACAGUUUUGUCUGCCAAAUAAUUUAAACAUUUAAAAACAAUUUGAAAUCAAA